AUGGCCCGCCGUGGUGUCUUGCAGCUGAUCUCUCCAUUUAGACUCAACCGCAAAGACGGAAAGGACGGAAGAGUGAGGGAAACGAAGCAGCUUCCAACCAGCGAAGCACAACAGACAACAUCAUCCAGAUUCCCAGCAUCAUUGCUACACUACCCAUCGUCGACGGUGGUCGCGAUGCAUCAAGAACAGCUGGUCUCCAGAAUUAAUGCUGCGACUGCCAACUGUCACGAGUUCGAUCGUGCCUGUAUCAAGAGGGAAGCGCAUGAUGGUCUCGACAAGGGGUCACGCCGUGUUGACCAACAUGGUCGAGCAGGUGAUGGUAGCCGAACACUGAGUUCCACACCUGAGCUGCCGACGGUGUCCAUCGGCCCAUGA